AUGCCUCAAGCUCAGCCCGAGUUGAAGAAGUACAUGGAAAAGCGGGUAUUUUGCCAACUGAACGGCAACCGCAAAGUCAUUGGUAUCCUGAGAGGUUACGAUGUUUUCAUGAACAUCGUGCUUGACGAGGCUUUCGAAGAGAAGCAGGGCGGAGAGAAGGUCGCAUGUGGCAUGGUGGUCAUUCGCGGUAACUCGGUCGUCAUGCUCGAGGCUUUGGAACGUAUAAGCGACAAAUAA